AUGCUGCUCUCUCAGGAAGAUGAAGAGCUAGUCUGGGGGAUAGGGAGGAGUUCAGAGCUCAAGCUUUUUAACUUUUCACAACUAUCAGAUGCUACGAGUAACUUCUCAGAUGAAAAUAAAUUGGGGCAAGGUGGCUUUGGCCCAGUAUACAAGGGCCAGCUUCCUGAAGGUUUGGAAAUAGCAAUUAAGAGACUAGCUUCGCAGUCUGGGCAGGGUCUCACAGAGUUUAGAAAUGAAGUCCAACUCAUAGCCAAGCUCCAGCACACAAAUUUGGUUAGGCUAUUGGGAUGUUGCUCUCAAGGAGAUGAGAAAAUAUUAAUCUAUGAAUAUUUGGCAAAUAAAAGCUUGGAUUUCUUUAUCUUUGAUGAAACUAAAAAUGCUUUAUUGGAAUGGAACAAAAGAAAAGCGAUUAUCGAAGGGAUAGCACAAGGACUUCUAUAUUUGCAUAAGCACUCACGGUUACGGGUCAUACAUAGAGAUCUUAAAGCAAGUAACAUUCUUUUGGACUGUGAAAUGAAUCCUAAAAUAUCAGAUUUUGGGCUUGCAAAAAUAUUCAGCUCAAAUAAUACUGAAGGGAACACAAAAAGGAUUGCUGGGACAUAUGGGUAUAUGGCUCCCGAAUAUGCUUCAGAGGGUCUCUUUUCGAUUAAAUCUGAUGUAUUCAGCUUUGGUGUGCUGAUUCUUGAGAUCAUCCAUGGAAAAAGGAACUCAUGCUUUCAUCAAUUUGGGGACUUCUUCAACCUUCUUGGAUAUGCAUGGAAGUUGUGGAAAGAGGAAAGAUGGCUUCAGUUCAUCGAUGAAUCAAUAGUUUCAGAGUCUGACACUUUAGAGACAAUGAGGCGUAUCAACAUCGCAUUGCUGUGUGUGCAAGAGAAUGCGGUUGACAGACCCAGCACAGCAAGUGUGGUUGCAAUGCUAAGCAGUGAAAGUAUGGCCCUGCCUGAACCUAAGCAUCCGGCGUAUUUCCACAUAAGGGUUACAGAGGAAGAGCCACCUAGUGCUAAUGAUGUCACAGUGUCUACUCUACAGGGCAGAUAGUAUCAUCCUGCAUGAUGUGUUUUUUUGUGUGUGCUGCUUUACCGAGCGGGCUCCCUCUGAUUUAACACUAAAGUUCUGACAGACACACACAAACCUUUGGACUUUGGUUAAACAUGGCAUGAAUAGAAGACAACUCAUUUACUAAUGUCAGUAAAACAUGACUAACUAGUGUUUAUACU